UAAUUUUUAGAGAGUGUUACUUCCUGUCCAUCAUUCAAAGGUCCUUUCCAAAAAAACACACGUGUUUCUGUUGUGGGUUUGUUGUUAUUAUCGUAGUUUAGAGUCCAAGAAGCCUGUUACUUCAGGCUUCCUCAGGCUUACACAUUCUUCGGCAACCAUGAGGGAAUCUCACUUCUCCACUUGUGAACGAAACUUCAUUCUUCAAUCCAUUUCGAAGAAAUUGAGAAUCGAUGGACGCCAACCUUAUGAUUAUCGGCGACUGAAGAUUACAUUUGGUGUGGAAAGAGGCUGCUGCCAGGUAGAACUUGGUAAAACCAGAGUUUUGGCACAAGUAACAGCAACUGUAGGGCAACCGAAACCUAAUCGUCCCACAGAUGGCAUCCUGUUUGUUAAUGUGGAACUCUCUCCUAUGGCAUCGCCGGCGUUUGAACCUGGAAGGCUUUCCGAAUUUGGAGUUUAUGUGAAUCGUCUGAUGGAGCGGUGCCUGAAGGAGUCCCGUUGUUUAGACACUGAGUCACUUUGCAUCGUUGCCGGGGAGAAGGUGUGGAUAAUUCGAAUUGAUCUCCAUGUUUUGAAUCACGAUGGCAAUUUGAUUGAUUCUGCGAGUAUUGCAGCUAUAACGUCUCUUGCACACUUCAGACGUCCAGACGUUGAAGUGAGUGGGGACGAAGUCACUGUGUAUCCAGUUGAAGAGAGGGAACCAAUUGCCCUCAGCCUCCAUCACAUGCCCAUCUGUGUCUCGUUUGCUUUCUUUCAAGAAGGCAAAUACGUACUGGUCGAUCCAACAGAGAAGGAAGAGAAAGUGAUGGAUGGUAAAAUGGUGAUUGGAAUGAAUAAAUACCGAGAGAUUUGUACUCUACAGAUGGCAGGUGACAUGCUGUUGAUGCAUGAACAGAUUCUCCGCUGUUCCAAUAUAGCCGUGGUCAAAGUUACAGAAAUAACAGAGCUGAUUCAGAAGGCUUUGGAAAACGAUAAGCAGGCUAGAGCUACUGGUGCCAAGUUUGGAUUUGCAGAAUCUAUGGAACCUCAGAAGAUUACAGCCAUGAAGAAAAACCUUGCUGAAGUGAACAUGGAGAAUUUGAAGUCUUCCGAAGUGAAUUUAUUAGCAGAAAACAUCUCUGAUGAUUCCAGCAGUGAAUCCAGCAGUGAUUCCAGUGAAUCCAUUAGGCUGUGGGGUGCUGGAACUGCCAAACUGGGAAGAAACAGUUCUGAUAUUUCAAGUAGUGAUGACAACUCAGAAGUGAUGGAGCUCAGUCCUCCCCACCCAGCUGUUGCCGUUCCUCCUCGUCCAGCAAAACCAAAGUCAACUCUUCCACCAGCAGAAUCAGAUAUCAUAAAUAUUGAUGAUGACAGUGAAGAUGAUGUGAAGGUCAUACAAAAGACUCCAGAUUUUGCACAGAAAGAUGAAUCUAGCGGUGAUGAAGCUGGUGGCCAGAAACUAACUCUCAGAGAAUUACUCAUGGCUUUGAAGAAGAAAAAAUGCAGUCAGUGAGAAGAAGCAGGGGAACAACAAGAAUAACAACAACAAUAAUAAUAGAGACAAGACCUCAUCCAGUGCACUACACUGGAAGUUACAUUUUUAAUGUUCACUGUCAUUUGUAAAUAAACCAUUUCUGUUGAUUAACAUU